CGAGGAAGAUUGUAUGCAUAAUAUGUAUGUAUUUCUUAAUACGUUUAACAUCUGCACUGCAGACAUCUGCUACAGUCCUUACCUUUAUUAUCAUAGAUAAGAUAGCAGGUAGAACCAACAUGGCUGCACAAGUAAGUUUGGCGAUAAUAAUCGUUCUCAUGAAUUUGGAAUACACGACAGGAGGAAAUCUAUGGUGUUACCAAUGCAAUACCGAUUUGACAAACGGACAUACAAGAGAGUGCAACGAUCCUUACGUCCCGACGCCUUAUUUCGACUUAGUUCUCUGUCCCCAAAACGAGUCGCAGAAUUGUCUUAAAAGUGUCAUCGAUUAUGGGCACAUAUUGGUAACGGUGCGAGGUUGCGUCCCGUCACGAGAAAUCGAUGGAUACUGCCAAUUAGAGGAAUAUUUUCAGGGAUCCAGCAUUGCGUGUUCUUUCUGCGAAGGCUACGCUUGUAACAAUCAAAGUUCUAUUCGUGUAUUCCUGCUACACAAUUUAGCAUUUCUUUUAGCUUCCAUCGCUAUAAUAUUGUAUUUAUAAUAAUAUUUACUUUGCGUCUUAUUUAAUUCGUAAUUAUUCCAUUCCAGAAUUAUUCGAUUCCACAAACACGAAAAAUGUUUCAAAUUCUAGCGUAGUUAAAUGUGUAGUUAAAUACGUUAGUAGUCUGUAAUCAAUGUUAAUAUUUUUAUGAUUAAUAUUUUAAAAUAAAUGUAAAUAAUAAUUC